AUGUUCGAAUCAUUGAAAAAAAACAUCCAGUCUGUCCAAGAUGGCAUUACUGCAGGACUUCAAAGACUGUCGGUGGGAGAAGUCAGCUACAACCCCACAGAGUCCAAUGUCAACUUGGCUGCCGGGGAAGACCUCCUGCAGAUGUACCAGACCCAGUGGGCGACCAUGCACCAGGCUGAACAGAAUGCUAAGCUGGCGCAGGAUAUUGACAGUGCAAUAACCACCCUGACACAUGAGUGUGAGAACCAGCACGGUCAGAUGGCGGAAAUCCAUUCCCUCUUGGCGCACUUGCCAAACAUCAUGGCCCAGCUACACUCGAUGCUGGCCACUAUUGGAUCUCUAAGGGGACUCUUUGAGGAAGUGGAAGGAGGUCUCCUGGCCCUUGAAGACCUGGAGGAGGACCUUGCACUGCAGGAGAAGACCCUCGACCUCCGCCUGAGUCUGGCGUUGUCCAGGGAGAAGCACAACCAUCGGCUCAACGCACUCAGAAAUGAGCUGUCAGUGACGCACCAGGCCAAGAUGGUGGCCCUGGAGCAGCACCAGGAGACGCAGCGCAAGGAGAGGGAGCAGGUGUUCUCUGAGCAAUUCACAGAGGACCUCAAGAACUACAAGGAGCGGGGCGUUGUGACUAGAAGAAUCUCAAGCAGUGAGGACGAGCAGGGCCUCAAGCUGGAGGAAGUGGACUUAGGCAAGACACAAGCGAGCUAG